AUGUCUUUCGUUCUUUCAGUUCGAAAGGCAUUCGAGAAAAGACGCUUCAAGUCAGUCAAUCUGGACUUUGACGCCCGCGUCCCAAUCCCCUUCAGUGUCUUCCCGUCGUCGUACCGGAGUGACGCUGUCUCUGAAACUACUCACACGAGAGUAGAGGGAGAAGUCCAACUCGAUAGCACUUCGCACGUCGAACGGGAAGAUACUCGACAGGCCCCUCUCCCCGACCCACGUGUCUACGGAAAGGAAGAAGUCGACUUUCGUGUUCAGGAAGAGCGCCCUCGUUUCCAAGAAGAGCGCCCUGCCCCUCGUCGCUACGACGUUGAGUUAACUCGUGAACGCUACUCCAGUCAACAACCUACUGUUCGUUUCGAGGAACGUCCCCAGAUUUACGAUCAGCCCGUUGUUGAGAACCAACUCGACAUCACUGAGAGAGAAUACCGUCGUCGUACCUCUCCCACCUACGACGUUAACGCCUCUUACCAGAGUCGUUCCUACGUAGAACCUUUCCAGUACCAGCAGUCGGCUUCUACCACCGACUACUCGUACGACCGCGCCUACCAGGGUCACCCCACCGGCGUUUACCAAGGCGAAGACUAUACUCGUCGUGAGAUCGAGGUUGAGAAGCCCCGUUACAACAACGCUCCUGUCGACGUCAAGUUCUCUGAGACUACUGUCCGAGACAUCCCUGCCCGCUCUCAAGCCCCUGCCCCAGCUUCUGCUCCCCUUCCUGUUCCCGCUCCCAAGCAAUCUCGCAAGAUGGGUUACUACGACGACGAGGGUCAGUACCACUCCUUCCGCCGCGGCGUUCAGCGUGCUGCCCACCACCUUGCUCACCCCUUCGAAGGUCGUGAUGAGGUCAUUGAUGCUCCUCGCUACGAGGCUCCCCGUGAGACUGUCCGUGUCGUCGAGCCCCGUAACCGCGGCACCCCUGGCGAGACCGUCGCUAUCCCCUGCCACUUCGUCCGCAUUGGCGACAUCCUGAUCCUCCAGGGCCGUCCUUGCCAGGUGAUUCGCAUCUCGGUCUCUUCUCAGACCGGCCAGCACCGUUACCUCGGUGUCGACCUCUUCACCCGCCAGCUGCAGGAGGAGUCCAGCUUCGUCUCCAACCCCUCACCUUCCGUGGUUGUCCAGACCAUGCUCGGCCCCGUCUUCAAGACCUACCGCAUCCUUGACGUCAACGCCGAUGAGUCUCUCACCGCCAUGACCGAGUCUGGUGACAUCAAGCAGGCCCUUCCCGUUAUCACCCAGGGUGGUCUCUUCAAGCGCAUCAGCGAGGCCUUUGCCAACGGCCGUGGCUCCGUCCGUGCCCUUGUCAUCAACGAUGGUGGCCGUGAGCUCGUUGUCGACUACAAGGUCAUCCACGGCUCUCGCCUGUAA